AUGCAGGUAACAAAUAUAGGACUUGAGAUCACUGUCUCCAUCCUCCAGACCAAAGUCCACAGAGCCUCAGCAAUCCAGGUGAUCGACAGGAGGAUAAGUCCAGGUUUAAAGCUGGGGAAGCAUGUGGAGUAUCGUUCAAAGGACUGCCUACGGCAACUGCCGGUGUUAGAUCCAAAGCAGGAGAGACAGACCCACUCGGCUGUAAUGGCUGAAAAUGCAUUCAGAUGCCGCGAUAUAGAGCCUUCAGGAGCAGCAGUGGACUUCUGGAACCGCACAGAAGAAGGAGGAAACUACAUCAAAAGAUGCUGUAAGGGUUUCUGCAUAGAUAUCCUGAAGAAAAUAGCUAAGACUGUCAAAUUUACCUAUGAUCUGUAUCUGGUGACCAACGGAAAGCAUGGCAAGAAGAUUAAUGGCACAUGGAAUGGCAUGAUCGGGGAGGUGGUAACCAAACGAGCAUAUAUGGCUGUUGGGUCACUUACCAUAAAUGAGGAACGCUCAGAAGUAGUGGAUUUUUCUGUACCAUUCAUAGAAACUGGUAUUAGUGUCAUGGUGUCAAGAAGCAACGGAACAGUCUCUCCCUCUGCUUUCCUUGAGCCAUUCAGCGCUGAUGUCUGGGUGAUGAUGUUUGUCAUGCUUCUCAUUGUGUCUGCUGUGGCUGUAUUCAUAUUUGAAUAUUUUAGCCCAGUUGGGUACAACAGGUGCCUUGCAGAUGGAAGAGAGCCUGGUGGCCCAUCAUUCACUAUUGGGAAAGCCAUUUGGCUUCUCUGGGGCCUGGUAUUCAAUAACUCUGUGCCUGUGCAGAACCCAAAAGGAACCACAAGUAAGAUUAUGGUAUCGGUUUGGGCCUUCUUCGCUGUGAUCUUCUUGGCAAGUUACACAGCCAACCUUGCUGCCUUUAUGAUCCAAGAAGAAUAUGUGGACCAGGUGUCUGGUCUCAGUGAUAAAAAGUUUCAAAGACCCAAUGACUUCUCCCCAGCUUUUCGAUUUGGCACUGUCCCUAAUGGCAGCACUGAAAGAAACAUCCGUAAUAACUACCUCGAGAUGCAUACAUAUAUGGUGAAGUUUAACCAAAAAUCAGUACAAGAUGCUCUGCUUUCUUUAAAAACUGGUAAACUGGAUGCCUUUAUCUAUGAUGCCGCUGUGCUAAACUACAUGGCAGGGAGGGAUGAAGGUUGUAAGCUGGUGACCAUUGGCAGUGGCAAAGUCUUUGCAUCCACUGGUUAUGGUAUUGCUAUACAGAAGGACUCUGGAUGGAAAAGACAGAUUGAUCUGGCAAUUCUGCAGUUAUUUGGUGAUGGGGAAAUGGAAGAAUUGGAAGCUCUUUGGCUAACUGGCAUCUGUCACAACGAAAAGAAUGAAGUGAUGAGUAGUCAGCUAGAUAUUGAUAAUAUGGCUGGAGUCUUCUACAUGCUGGGUGCAGCCAUGGCACUAAGUCUCAUCACAUUUAUAAUGGAGCACCUCUUCUUCUGGCAGUUCCGACACUGCUUUAUGGGUGUCUGUACUGGAAAACCUGGACUGGUAUUCUCUAUCAGCAGGGGUAUUUACAGUUGUAUUCAUGGUGUCCCUAUAGAAGACAGACAGUCUACGAUGAACUCCCCUUCAGCUACAAUGAAUAACACACACUCUAAUAUACUACGACUCCUCCGGACUGCCAAGAAUAUGGCUAAUCUUUCUGGGGUAAAUGGGUCUCCUCAGAGUGCAUUAGACUUCAUACGCCGGGAAUCUUCAGUAUAUGAUAUCUCUGAACAUCGGCGGAGCUUUACUCACUCUGACUGCAAAUCUUUUCAGCCUGAGGAGAAUCUAUUCAGUGACUACAUCUCUGAAGUUGAAAGAACCUUUGGAAAUCUUCAGCUUAAAGAUAGCAAUGUCUACCAAGAUCAUUUUCAUCAUCACAGACCACACAGUUUAGGGAGUAAUAGUUCUAUUGAUGGUUUAUAUGACUGCGAAAAUGCUCCUUUCACAACACAGCCCAGAUCACUAUCCAAGAAACCCUUAGAUAUAGGCUUGCCUACUAAACACCCAACAACCCAAAUAGGUGACCUUUAUGGAAAGUUUUCAUUUAAAAGUGAUCGCUAUGGUGCACAUGAUGACUUAAUUAGGUCAGAUGUUUCUGAUAUAUCCACACAUACUGUCACAUAUGGCAACAUUGAAGGUAAUGCAAAAAGGAGAAAACAAUAUAAAGAUAGUCUAAAGAAAAGGCCAGCUUCUGCUAAAUCUCGAAGGGAAUUUGAUGAGAUAGAAUUGGCCUAUCGUCGGCGUCCAAGGUCUCCUGAUCACAAACGCUACUUCAGAGACAAAGAAGGUCUACGAGAUUUUUAUCUGGAUCAGUUCCGGACGAAGGAAAACAACCCUCACUGGGAACAUGUAGACCUGACAGAUAUGUACAAAGAAAGAGGAGAGGAGUUUAAACAUGAGAGUUCUUGCUCUAAUAGGCAACAUCAGAAACAUACCGGUGAGUAUGGGCAGAAUGAAAGAAAACAUGGCACCGGAGGAAAUGCUUGGGAGAAAAAUCUUUCUAACGUGGAGUGGGAAGACAGAACUGCGGCUAACUUCUGUCGUAACUGUCCUUCAAAGGUGCACAAUUACACAGGACAGAAUACCAACCGCCAAGCCUGUAUCCGCUGUGAAGUCUGCAAGAAAGCAGGAAAUCUUUAUGACAUCAGUGAGGACAACUCACUCCAAGACUUGGAUGCACGGCCAAUUCCACCUGCCAACUCCAAAUAUCCACAAAGCCCAUCAAAUGGCAAAGCCCAAAAGCGAAACCGAAGCAAGCUCCAUCGCCAGCAUUCCUACGACACUUUUGUGGACCUUCAAAAAGAAGAUGUGACCUUAGCUCCACGCAGUGUCAGCUUGAAAGAUAAAGAGCGCUUCCUGGAUGGCAGCCCAUAUGCUCAUAUGUUUGAAAUGCCUAAUGAGUCAUCCUUUGCAAGCAAGUCCCAUGGCCCAGGCCAUAAUCCAGGGGGGCACAUGCUCAGCCGUUCCCUUUACCCUGACCGAGUCACCCAAAACCCAUUUAUUCCAACUUUUGGGGAUGAUCAAUGCCUGUUGCAUGGGAGCAAGCCCUACUAUUUUAGGCAACCAGCUAUUGGUGGCUUGAAGGGAAGAUCGGACUUCCGAGGGACUGGUAAAUCACUCACUGCUUUAAAUGCGGGUCCCACAGGACGUUUCCAAAAAGACAUUUGUAUAGGAAAUCAAUCCAAUGCCUGCGUUUCAAACAAUAAGAACCCCAGAUCUUUCAACAACUCUACCAAUGGCCAUGUGUACGAGAAGUUAUCCAGCAUUGAGUCAGACGUCUGA